AUGGCGUCACCGCCGCGGGAUCUCGCUCCUCCGUCCGUCGUCGAGUCUCAGCUCUCUUCACUCGUUUACGAUCUCUCCCAGCAAAUGCAAAUCGCCAUGGACAACAUGCUUAAAAUGAUAAAUGAAAUCGAUGCAAAAUCUGCGGGGAUAACCGGAGAGAUGGAUAAGUCCAGAGAAUCUGCACUGGAAAGGAAGAUUGCCUUAGAAGAGGAGAAAAAUCAGUUCCAAAAAGCUGCUUUUGCUGUUUUUGAUAUGCUCAAUAGUCAUGGCAACAGCUGA